UAGAAACACUGGAAUCAUUUAUGCAUUGCAGUUUCUUUCUCUCCCUCUCGCUCCUUCUUCCUUGGGAUAUUUUGAGUGGAUUGUAUCUAUUAAUCAAGACCUCUUGUUAUUUGUUAUUCAUUUGUCUUUUUCACUAAAGAUUAGCAUCAUUCAGGGCAAAUGCACAACUGCUUUUCCCCCCAAAUCAUUUUUGGGGGCUGUCGGAUAGAGUGCUAGGACCCAGGAGACAUCCUUCCAAACAGCAGGGGUUGUGUGCUUCCACAUAGCAGUACAAGGAAAACCCCAUCGGAUCUGUUAUUGCAGGAUACUUGUGAAAUAUACAUAGGAUUCUUUCUUUCUUAUGGCUGCAUCCCGGAUCUGGAAAUUUUACAUGGGCACUAGGAAGCUUUGAAAGGCUCCAUGCACAGAGAAGAUUUACAAGCAGGACUCCUCUUGCCACAGAGCUCACUGACUUGUUCGGUUAUCAAUUCCUUUUCUUUUCCUUAGCUUCUUUUUUUCUUUUAUUUUCCUCUUCUCUCUUCUCCUUUCUGUGUCCCUCCUGGUCUGUUUCUCCUCUUUCCCCUAGUCUUUUAUUACUGCUUCACACCUGGAUUGUAUCUUCACUGAACAAACGGGCACUUUGAGAACUAACAGAAGACAGUCUUGUGGGGGAAGAUCUAUAUGGAAUUAUCGGCUUUUAUGGUGAACUUGGCACUUGUGAAUGGGUAUCUUGUUCACAUUAUUAAUUGCUAGCAAAAAAAAAAAAAUCACACACACGGGAGUAAAACGUGGAUUCUGUGAAUACGCAUUGUGAUGACCAGCAAUUACCUUAUUGACUGAUACCAAGAUCGGAAUAUUUUGGAAGACUGUGGGGAACAGCCUUUAAGAGCUGGAAAAUGAAAGCUCCAAUUCCACACUUGAUUCUCUUAUAUGCCACAUUCACUCAGAGCUUGAAGGUUGUGACCAAAAGAGGUUCAGCUGAUGGAUGCACUGAUUGGUCUGUGGAUAUCAAGAAAUAUCAAGUAUUAGUGGGAGAGCCUGUUCGAAUCAAGUGUGCAUUAUUUUAUGGCUAUAUCAGAGCAAAUUACUCCCUUGCCCAAAGUGCUGGACUUAGUUUGAUGUGGUAUAAAAGCUCUGGACCAGGAGACUUUGAAGAGCCAAUAGCAUUUGAUGGAACUAGAAUGAGCAAAGAAGAAGAUUCUAUUUGGUUCCGGCCAACGUUAGUACAGGACAGUGGUCUUUAUGCAUGUGUCAUCAGAAAUUCCACAUAUUGUAUGAAAGUGUCCAUUUCACUGACUGUGGGUGAAAAUGACACUGGACUAUGCUACAAUUCCAAGAUGAAGUACUUUGAAAAAGCUGAGCUUAGCAAAAGUAAGGAAAUUUCAUGCCGGGAUAUAGAGGAUUUUCUAAUACCAUACAGAGAGCCUGAAAUCCUCUGGUAUAAGGAAUGCAGGACAAAAACUUGGAGGCCAAGUAUUGUGUUCAAAAGGAAUAUUCUGCUUAUACGAGAAGUUAGAGAAGAUGACAUUGGAAAUUACACAUGUGAGUUAAAAUAUGGAGGCUUCGUUGUGAGAAGAACCACUGAACUCACUGUGACAGCUCCACUGACAGAUAAACCACCGAAGCUUUUGUACCCUUUGGAAAGUAAACUGACAAUUCAGGAGACACAGUUGGGCAAUUUGGCUAAUCUAACCUGCCGAGCAUUCUUUGGAUACAGUGGAGAUGUCAGUCCUUUAAUUUACUGGAUGAAAGGAGAGAAGUUUAUUGAAGAUCUUGAUGAAAAUCGGGUCUGGGAAAGUGACAUCAGGAUUCUUAAGGAGCAUCUUGGGGAGCAAGAAGUUUCCAUCUCAUUAAUUGUUAACUCUGUAGAGGAAGGAGAUUUGGGAAAUUACUCUUGUUAUGUUGAAAAUGGAAAUGGACGCAGGCAUGCAAGCGUUCUCCUUCAUAAACGAGAACUGAUGUAUACAGUUGAACUUGCUGGUGGGUUGGGUGCCAUUCUGCUGCUGCUUGUGUGUUUGGUGACAAUCUACAAGUGUUACAAGAUUGAUAUUAUGCUCUUCUAUCGGAAUCAUUUUGGAGCAGAGGAAAUUGAUGGAGACAACAAAGAUUAUGAUGCAUAUUUAUCAUAUACCAAAGUGGACCCUGACCAGUGGAAUCAAGAAACUGGGGAAGAAGAAAGAUUUGCCCUUGAAAUCCUGCCCGAUAUGCUGGAAAAACAUUAUGGGUACAAACUGUUCAUACCAGACAGAGAUUUGAUCCCUACUGGAACCUACAUAGAAGAUGUGGCAAGAUGUGUGGAUCAAAGUAAAAGGCUGAUUAUAGUUAUGACUCCUAAUUAUGUGGUAAGAAGAGGCUGGAGUAUCUUUGAACUGGAGACCCGACUUCGAAACAUGCUAGUUACGGGAGAAAUUAAAGUGAUAUUAAUUGAAUGUAGUGAACUUCGAGGAAUCAUGAACUACCAGGAAGUGGAAGCUCUAAAGCAUACGAUUAAACUUCUGACGGUUAUUAAAUGGCACGGACCAAAAUGCAACAAGUUGAAUUCUAAAUUCUGGAAACGUUUACAGUAUGAAAUGCCUUUUAAGAGGAUAGAGCCCAUUACCCAUGAGCAGGUAUUAGAUGUCAGUGAGCAAGGGCCCUUCGGGGAGCUGCAGACUGUCUCUGCAAUUUCCAUGGCUGCCGCCACAUCCACCGCGCUUGCCACUGCCCAUCCAGAUCUGCGUUCCACGUUUCACAAUACGUACCAUUCACAAAUGCGUCAGAAACACUAUUAUCGAAGCUAUGAAUACGAUGUACCUCCUACCGGCACCCUGCCUCUUACCUCAAUAGGUAACCAGCAUACCUACUGUAACAUCCCUAUGACACUUAUCAACGGACAGCGGCCGCAGACAAAAUCCAGCAGGGAGCAGAACCCAGAUGAGGCCCACACAAACAGUGCAAUACUGCCGCUCUUACCACGGGAGACCAGUAUAUCCAGUGUGAUUUGGUGACAGAAAAGGAAGGGGCAACCUUGUCCCUUGGAGUAGGAGCUGAGUCUGCAGUCCAGUGCCUGGAACUACAUCCUCGACUGCUGCUGUUAAAACAUGCAUUACAAUCUAUAAAAUACGAGGAAAAACAGGGUCUUGUACAUAUGUUUUUUGCAAUUUAUUUGUAGCAUCAGUGUCUUCCUGUUUUACCAUGUCUCUUGCCAUUACAUUUUUUGACUUUGUUUUAUAUGUCAUUGGAAUUUGUAUAUUUACAUUUUUUAAUGAAGAGACUGAUGUAUAGAUAGGAAACCCUUUUUGCUUCAUUAGUAUAAUUUUAGAAUGGGUUUGAUUUCUUUCUGUUUGGGCUUUUUUUUUUUUUAACAUUUCUUUGGAGUGCUUGGACAAAGCUGUUUGAUGGGACAAGGACCGCCAUAUCCACUUUGCUGUUCUGCCUAGCAACAGCAAGGCCAUGUUGGCCUUCUGAGCGCAAUACAACGAACGGCCAUAAUUCCAAUUCAGGAAAACAGAUGUGGAGAACACUUGUUCAUAGGAGGGCCCCACCAAUCAGAGCCCUGAAUCUCUUCCUUGUCCUGCCUCAUCCCCACCUCUACCCUUCUAAUGUCAGCAUGGUGUGUGACCUUGCAGAAUGGGAGGGGGUGGGUCUAACUGUUUUAACAUUUAACUCACUGCUUGUCAAAUGACACUCCAGACCCAAAUGUCUACCAGUCACUUUACUGUGACCACUGCUGAGUGCUAAGAAGAUGAGAUCAAGGGCAGGGGUGUUGUUUUGUUUAAAAAUGAGUUGAUGUACCCUUAUAUAUAUAAAAACAAAAAACAAAAAAACCUAUAUUUGAUCACUUCCUGGAAAGGCAUGAAUGUGUUUGUGGCUGUUUUUGUUUCAAUAUUCAACUCCCUUUUUUCCCCUUUAAUUUUUUCUGCAAAUGAGAUUAUGUGCAAUUGCCAGGCAAGUCAGUCAAAAGGGGUGAAUUGACAUAAGUCAUAAUGAGAUUUAUAUUGAUGGCUUCCAAACCAAAGGGAAGGACUAGGAUGUUAUCAAAUAUGUUUUGUCACAUUGUAUUAUACAAAAUGUUAUUUUCUAAACAGUAAGAGCAAACCUUUGCAACCUAUUAUGGAGUCCCCUUGUAUUUAAAUGUUAAUUCACUGUAUUUACUUUUCAAUGCUACAUUCAGAAGAGCAUUCUUACUUCCUUUGUUUCAGUUUGUAAUAAUAAGUAAAAACUUUAUCAAUUUCAAGGUGAUUUAAAUGAGAACUCAGGAGGUUAAAACAUGAAUAUUAAUGAAAAUCAAUGUUUUCAAAAUAAACAGUAUUUAUACAAAAGUAAAUAUUAAAUCAGACCUGAAAGUGUUUAAAACAAUUAAUUCUACUGAAUAAAGAAUUAGUUUUAUUUUAAAUGUAUCAUUCUAUCUUUCAGAAACUCAGAAAGCUUGUUCCAAUGCUCCCAGAAAAUCCAUUUCAUAUAGUUCAGCUGUGUCUGAAAUAAAGGAUAUAAGCUGCUAAUUCAUAUUCAUGUUUUGUAUGACAAAAAAUAAUAAUAAAGUAUAUUGUAAAGGAACCUGCAGGGGGCAGAAUUAUAAAAAAAAAACAUUCCCUAUGGGAUUUUUUAGUUUUGUUUUUUUUUUUUAAGUACAACACUGAUGAUAGGGUUUUAACAUUAAUUUAGGAAUUCAUCAUAAACAUUUUCAUUAGUCAGCAAAUGCUGACCAGUGCAAUGGAUGUUGUAUUUUUUAAUUUAUUCUUACCAUUGGUAUAAGAAAAUAACCACUCCAAUGUUUUGGUCUCGUCAGUAAGAUGUUAUUUGAUCAGAAAGAAAAGUAAACGACAGUGUAGUUCAUGGAGAAAGGGGCAAGGGCCCAUUGAAAUUGUAUGAAAAAUGAGAAUGAAUGUGAUGGAAAAGUCCAAAGUAUCCUGGUACCCACACAACAACAAGAUAAAGGUGCUAUGGGAUGUUCAGUAGUUUUUCUUUGCCUAAAAAUGUUUAUUUCUCUAACAAUUCGCUUGGGUGCUCCUCCAGUCUGUUCUUUAUUUUGAUGCAUCCCCCUGGACAUGUGCCAAAUUUCAACAGAAUAGACCUGAAGCUGCCAGGACAGAUAAAAUUUAAAGUCAGCUUUGCACAUUUGGUUAUUUUCAGACUCUAAGAGGGCCAUUAUUUUCUUGAUAUUAUGGACACCUGUCAGGAACUGAUGGCAUUUAACUUCAUUGGACUGGAUCCCAAACUCUCCCAGUACCCAGAAAACCAAAAACACUGCACUGGCCUUUAAAAAAAACAAAAAACAAAAAAAAACAAAAACUGAAGAUGGUGUGAGAAAAAUGUAGAGAAAACAAUCAGACCACAAUCACAUUUUAGGCAUCCACAAGUGUUUAUUUAGCUGCAUCAGGAGUACAUUUUUUGUUUUAUUUUUAGUGUAGAUUUAAGCACUUUGAAUAGCAUGAUUCAGGGAUUGAUGGGUAAUAUUUGAUAUUCUCACAACUUAAGAAAAGUUUUUUUUUUCUCUAACUCAUUGUCAUAUUAUGAAACAAAGGAAUGAAAUAAACAGAGAAGAAGCUAUUGAUGGCUUAAGGAACAUUCCUCCCAAAAUAUUCCUCUUCUUCAACAGCUCUGUGUGAGAACAAGUGAAGGAAACUGUCAUGUGUUCAUGUGCUCAAUGUUUGACAAAAGUUCUGUUAGAACUCACAAUAAAAAGAGAAAAAAUAUAUUUUCCCUAGUGCUUAGGCUCCAUCCUUUUUCUUCAUGGGGGUGGGGGAGGGAAGAUGGAGGUUUUCCUAGUUUUAAAAACAGAGCUGAAACUGUGGAAAUAAUAGCCAAGCUUAUGGAGGAAAGGAGAGAAGGAGAGAGAAAGGGAGAGAGAUGGGGGAGACAGAGAGAGACAAAGAGAGACAAUGUGAGAUGAAUGAAUCCUGCCUUUUAUCAAUUGCUGCUCCAACUCUCAUUGGCACUAUGCAGAUGCACAUAGCCUCUUUCUUAAAUAGCUUCUAUCUUCCUUGUUCCCAGUGGCCUUUUCCACUCCUUCCUAGUUAUCUUACCUAUUGGAGUGUAGUCAGCAUGCACCUGAUUCCUUUGUGGCUCUGAAGAGUAGAGAGGCAGUCAGAACAUGACAUUUCCUUUGGCUGAAUUAUUGAUGGGGAAGUAUGUAGUAUUUAUAUUGACUCUCUCUAAAGAAAACCCAAGUAAUGGAUUUGUAUUUCCCAACUAUCCCCAAAUCCCCUUGUAUUUUUGCAUCAUCAGCAUCUUAUGAUUUUCACUUUAAGCUUCUGUUACUGUAUUUCACUGGAUGGGUUUUUGCUUUGGCAUGGCUUUAGUUUUAACUCUCCAGAUGCUGCUUUCUUGGCUGCUUCCAUGUUCUCCUGCUCUUCUAAAAAAUCAAAAACAUGAGAGCCAACACCCAUUCUUUAUUUUUCAUAAUAUUUAUUUACACUAAUUUAGCUAAACAUUUUCCCUUAAGAACAAAACUCAGCUUUUCCCCUGGAAAAGUUACCUUUUUUCUUUCCAUGGUCAGUAGGGUUGUAGAAGGCCUCUCUAGUCACAAUGUAAUCUAUUUCUGGGGGUAUGUGCUUUGUUUGAUUUCCUUUUAAAUUCAGGUUAAACAUAAUUUUUUUUUUUUGAAAACCAGAGGAAGAAAUAAGCUUUAUGUGAGUGGAAAUAGGAGGACAUUGUCACUGGCAUUUCUUAGUUCUAUUAGGAACCUGCUUUAACACAGGUCUCAAGACUUGGUGGAAUGUGUCCACUCAAUUGACCUAUUUAAUCAUUAUUCCUUUUGAUUUCUCUUCUCUGAUAAUCGCUCUCUUAUAUGUGUUUUGUUCCCUAUUAUAAUAUAAGCUUUUUGAAGACAGGGGAAGUCUUGCUUUGUUAUAUUUAUAUUAGUACUUAGCACAGUGCCUAGCACACUGUAAGUGCUUAAUAUUUUUUUUAUCCACUCAUUCCCUUGAUUUACCUGGUUCCUAACUUAGACAAUAAAUAGAGUCAUGUUAUUUAAAUAGUUGGGAAAACCUAUGUAAAACUAUGUAUUCCAUGUAUACCUGAAGAAAUUUUCAAAUAAUAACUUAUAAUCACAUGGAAAAAGUGACAAAAUUGUGUCCCCUUCUAUAAAAAUUCUAAGAAGUUAUGAUUUAUUGAUCAUAUACACUAUGGAGUAAAUAAAAGGUGUGAAUGGCUCAAAAUUAGGGUAGAAUUUGAAAGUCAUUUAAAUUUAGUUUUGAUAUGUAUUCAGAGUCCUACAAGAUUCUACCAGUACACACACACACACACACACACACACACACACACACUCACAUUGCCUAGCUAAUUCUCCUCUCAACUUGACCCUUUUGUAUUGGAGGCUGACUAGUACAAAUAUUCAACUCCCAACUGAGGAUUCAUUUUGAAGAUUAUCACAUUUUCUUGUUUUCUUCACACAUCCACAGGAGAUGGCUCCAGUUGGAAGAAACAGAACCUGUGAGAUUUGGCAACAAUGCCUUAUUUCACACAACCUCUUUAAAGAUUGGGAAUUCUUAUUUCUUCCAAGCAAUUUUAAGAGUCCUACUAGUAAAGGAAGAGGAGAAAGAAAUUAAAUUACUGGUAGGUUCUUCCAAUGGUGUCUGCAUUUUCAGAGGAUGGAACUAUGUUGUUCUCUUCAAAACCUUCUAUGCAGUCCUAUCAAUGGAAAUGGGCCAGUGGCAGGUUCCUGACUUCUAAAGGAAAUUUGUGUGAGUAGGUAGUUUUUAGAAAAUGAAGUCAGGUGACAUGGUGGUCACUGUGAAUACUCUUGUUUCUAUUUUACCUGUGACUGACAGCAAGGUAAAAAUGCAGAUUAGCUCAACAAAUUGAGUAGGGAAGAUUUCAAUCAGCAAUACAAAUUCACAUAAUGAUAGUGGUUUUGGGUGGAAUGAAAGAUGAUUUUAACAAAGCAUGACCCAGUAAAAAUGAAUCACAAUCUGUUUUGUAAUCACAUGCAAAAAAUUCUAUCACUAAAUACAAGGAUCAGUCUUUUUGGUGAGUACAGUUCUUCCCUCCAAGCUGAGAAGAGUGGAAGGCAACACUAUAUCUCACAUAGAUGUAGAAUAAUACACAGAAAAAAAAUCUCCUUAAAAUUCUUCUUUGAAGCAUGUAAAUUCUGGGGUGACUGCUAAAGUAAUUUUUCUAAUGUUUCUGCAGAAACAGUAACAAUAGAAAACUGGCUUAAAAUAGAGAAUGUGUUAAAACAAGGAAGAAACAUAGUUAUCCCCAUUAGAUUGUGAGCUCUUUGAGGGCAGGAACUGUUUUUUGCCUUUCUUUGUAUCCCCAGAACUUAGCACAGUGCCUGGUACAUAGUUGGUGCUUAAUAAAUGCUUGUUGACUUGACUUGAACAUCUUUCUGGCCCUGCCUCUAAUCAUACUUUUCCAUGGACUAAUGUAACUAGAACAGUGGGGUUAGAAUGUGCUUCUCUUGGAUAAUCUAAAAGAGGGCAUGCCUUUAAAGAAAAGCAAACUCCAUUUCAUGUUCCAGUAUGGAGGCAGAAUUAUAUUAAAUACAUAUUUAAUCUAUAGAUAUCAGAUGUUUUUAAUAUAUGUUAACUAUGCAUAUGAAAUAUUCAAUGAAUAUGUUAGAACUUUCAGUCCACAUGACACAUUACCUAGUGUAUUUGUGAUAACAAAAAUUAACAAUAAUUAUAUUCUAUAUCAGAGCAUUUAGCUAAUGAUUGAUCCCAUCCUUACCACCCAAUAAGAUUUUAAAUAUGCAAAAAAAUAAGCCAAUAUUGUGAAGUGGAAACGCAUGGAAGCAAAGCAUUUGGGUUCUUGUCCCAGUUUUAUAAUUAUGUGGUCAAUCAUUUUACCUCCUUAUAUAUAAAAAGGGAUUGGAUCAAAUGAUUUCUAUGAUCUUUUAUAACUAUAAAUUAUAGAGCUGUGUUUAAAGUGUUUUCAUUGCUUUAACAUCUCUGUGUGAAGAAAAAUCUUUCCAAUAGCAUAGAUGGGUUGCUGUCCCUAUCUCACAAGGAUAGCUUGUGAACCCUUUGUAUUGCUAAAGAUUAUUUGGAUCCAUUUCUGCACAGAUAAGGGCUUGUUUGCCAUGGAAUAGGUAAUGACACAAAUUUUCAAUUUUUCCUAUAGAUAUAACCCAUGAAAAAAACACCACAACAGGGAGGCCAAAAGUGCCUUGAAACUGCCUCAAACUGAAAAUAUUUUAUAUCCUUGUGAAAUAGAGAGAGAUAGUAGUUAAGGACAAUACCAGUCCAGAUUAAACUGAAGGCAAAGAUUCUGAAUACUAUUGCUUCAUCAAACAGUGUGAAGGUAUAAAAGGAAAAGCAAAUUAACACAAAGCUUGGUGUAAGACCAGAUUGUCCCAAAAGGUUUUUAAGAAUGAAACUAGAAAAAAGAAAACAAAUGAACAAAAAUUUUCUUAAAAUGUGUCAAGCUUUCUUUUUCAAAUGAUUUUCUCCAUCAAAGGUAGUAGAAUCACUAUAUAGGAAAUGUAAUAUUAUAGUCUUUUAUGUUCAGCAUGAGGAGAUAGAAAUGUCACUAAUCUACAAAGGAGUUGGAUACUGCAGAGGACUUACUUUUGAGGGCAUUCAGAGACUUAUUCUGAAGAUAUCUUAAAGGGGGUAAAAUACAAAUGUAAGGGAGGGAAAAAGCUCCAGAUGUCAUAGUUACCUAAGAGAGGAAUAAGAAGAAAUCAGAAAGUCAUAAUCCAUGUGAUGAUUUUAUCAUCUCUUCAAAAAUCUUCAUAAGAAUAAUCUAUACAUAUAUUGAAAGCACUAUUGGUAAAGUUUUAAAAAGGAAAAGAUAGGUUUUUACAAAUUAUAUUCUAUGACAAACCACAUCUUUACCUGUAAUUGACUGAAAAGAAUAAGGAAUGCUAGAUUUCAUUAUAUUUACUGUUCAUUGAUUAUUGAAAUUAUUAAAUUAUCAUUAAUUAUUAAAUUAUCAUUUAAUUUUGUAGAAGAAAAUGGAACUAUAAUGGAUAUUCUCUCCAAAGGUUUAUCCCACAGAAAUGUUAAGAUUGUAUAAGAUGCCAAAGUAGAUGUGACAACAUAAUUAAUGUUUUAUGAUGAACUUCAUAUGUUAUUAAUAUGAAUGAAAGCAUAAAAUAGAGAGAUAUAUUCUAACCAAAAGUGUUAAUCACUGUCAUGGAGGAUGACCAAUAUGGAAACCAGAAUAGAAGAAAUAUUCUGUAUAGAUCAAAGGUUCCACCAAAUGUUGCUGUUUGCACAUCAUUUGUAAUAAUUGUAUCAAGUCAUACAGAGCAUUCUAGGUGAGCUCUAGAUUUAUUCAAACAAAUUUGACCUAGGCAUCCACAGAUUAAAAAAUAAUUCUCAAAGAAAACCAAUUGGGGGCAGCUAGGUGGCACAGUAGAUAAAGCACUGGCCAGAAGGACCUGGCACUUACUAGCUGUGCGACCCUGGGCAAGUUACUUAACCCUCAUUGCCCCACCAAAAAAAAAAAAAAUCAGACUGUGCAAUCCAUUUGGAUGGUCAAAUCAUUGUUAUAUAUUUCUUAGGCAGAUACUGACCACCAUCCAUAAACUCUGCCCAUAUUUAAAUAAGAAGAAAGUGGAAUAGAUUCCAUUUGUAAACUUAUACAGGCUUUUCAUGAUACUAGGUUUCUCCUUGAAACAAAAUCCCUUUUUUGUAAUGAAUGAGUUUUAGUGGUUAUGCUAUGUGCUUUUAAUCAUAGAUAACCAGAGUCUCCAAAGGAUUAACAUUUCAGAUCCCCUAAAAGGCAAUAUAGAGAUACAUGGUGAACACAGAGUAUAGCAUAAGUGAUGAGCUUUGCAAACAAAGCAACAUAAAAAGAUUGAUAAUAUAGCAAGGUCAAUGCAAUAAAGCAAAAGGGAUAACAGAUGGAAAAUUCCACUGGCUAUAUUGAUAUUCACAAAGGGUUGUGAAUCCAGAGUUACUCCAUUUUGAGAAUUACUUCAUUUUGUUCACACAUAUGUCUAUGUUCUCCCAUUAGUGCUUACAAUUCAAGUAACAUAAAUGAGGACAAACCAUGGUGCAACCUGUGUGAGAAACAGCCUAGCCCCCUGCAUCCUAUUAUACAGAAAUAUGGAACCCCUUUUCCUGAAACUAAGUAAAAGGGUUAUUGCCCCAGAUCAGCCUUGGGCCCCAGCAACAGAUACCUUGAACAAUUAACUUUUGGCCCAUCCCCAACUCUCUUCCUUGCUCUCUAAAAUCUAUAUAAACAUUAAUUGCUGUUCAUUCAGGCAAUCUUUGACUCUCCAGGUAAUACUUCUCAGCUGGGGUACUCAAUAAACCCUGGGUGGUCCAGAUUAUGCUUCUUAAUCAAUUUAUUAUAGUUGCCAUUCCCAACAUGGACAAUGUUAGAAGACCAAAAAGGGAUUUCCCAGUAUACCUUUUAUUCACAGGUGGAAACUGUGAAAGAUACAAGAGGACAUACCACACAGAAAUCAUGGAUUAGUUACAACUUGACCAUUGGAGAGGGUGCCUUGUUGAUAAGACACAAACCCACUGAAUCACCUUGGUUUUUGAAAUAGAGUGAUGUAUUCAGAUGCCAGAAAUAGCUCUAAAUGUAAUGAGAAGAGAGGGAAAGGAGAAGGAUGGCCAGGAGAGAUGGUACUUCCUGCAAAGAAUCAUACACAUAUGCAAACUUCAUGAGAAUACUUUAAAUGGAGAUGUUGGUGGAGGAAAGAAUUUCCAGGGCCAAGAGUUAGGAGGAAGCUCUAGUUUACAUGUGUCUCACUAAAUGUUGUACUUCAAGUCUGUAUCCACAAUCUCCCCAGGGAUAUUGGGUGUACAAAGGAAAAGGUGUACCCCAGUUUGUAGGGAAAUGUUUUAUAAACACUAUACCUUUUCAGUAUUUACCUUUCCUAAAAGCUUGUUGAUGUCUAAUGGCUAAAUGUAAGUGAUGAGCACAUAAGUAUCAAGAACAUUAAAUACUCUAGUCCUUCCAGUUUACCUUAUCAGCCCUUGACAUGCCAAUUCAGGUUUGAGUUGGGAAGUGAAUCAAUAGGGAGUGCUAUGGAAGAUCAUGGCCUGAGAUAAAUAAUGAAAGGAGACAAAGAUAUAAUCGUUUUCUCCCUUCCUUUUCAGAUUAUCAUUUUCUUUCUCUUUCCUUCUUUCCCUCCCUUCUUUUUCUCUUCCUUCCUUCCUUCCUUCCUUCCUUCCUUCCUUCCUUCCUUCCUUCCUUCCUUC